AUGAAAAAUGUUGGACAUAAAGCAAGUGAAGACAUAUCGAAAAAUCUAACAACCAUGAAAACAAUUCUUUAUGGUGACGGUGAGAAUGAACCUGUUCCAGAAACGGUUGCGCAAUUGGCCCAAGAAGUUUAUAAUAAUGAUAUUUUACACUUAUUAGUAUUAAAUAUUUGGAGAUUUGAAUUUGAGGCAAAGAAAGAUGUGUCACAAGUUUUUAAUAAUCUUUUAAAAAGACAAAUUGGUUCUUUAACGCCAACUGUUGAUUAUUUAAGAAAUCGAGAAGACAUACUUUUUGUUCUACUUAAAGGAUAUGAAAAUCCAGAAAUAGCUCUUAAUUGUGGAAUGAUUCUUCGAGAAUGUCUCCGACAUGAGUCCUUAACAAAAAUUAUUUUAUAUUCUCCACAAUUUUAUAAUUUCUUUGAGUAUAUAGAAACAAGUACUUUUGAUAUUGCAAGUGAUGCAUUUGCUACAUUCAAGGGAAUAUUAACACAACAUAAACCAUUAGUUGCUGAAUUUUUGGACUCAAAUUAUGAUCAGUUUUUUGACUCUUACACAAAAUUGUUAAAUUCUACAAAUUAUGUGACAAAAAGACAAUCUCUAAAAUUACUUGGUGAAAUUUUGUUGGACCGAUGUAACUUCAAUAUUAUGACACGAUACAUUGCUGUUUCAGAAAAUUUGAAAUUAGUAAUGAAUCUAUUAAGAAAUGCAAGUCGUAAUAUUCAAUUUGAAGCUUUUCAUGUUUUCAAGAAAAUUACUAAUCUUAAAACUGUUCUUUUGUAG